AUGACACCAAUUUCACUGGAGGCGUGCGGCCGAUUGUUUGGUUGCGUGCAGCGACUCUGCGGAAAUAGGUCUACGAUCGAGGAUAGUGAACCCCGACAAGUCCGAGGUCGAAGGGGUGCUCAGGAUCUCGAGGGACCAUCAGGGCCGGAGGAUGCAAUCCUACCGGUACCCGUUAGUCCAAGCCCAGCAUCGACUUCCUCCCAGGAGGAUUCAUGCAAACCGCCACCUCGCAACUGCUACCGUCUCAUUGCUCUCGGUAGUGCUCGCGUCGGGAAAACCGCUAUUGUAGCACGAUUUCUAUCAAAUAAAUUUGAGGAAAGCUACACCCCAACGAUUGAGGAUUUUCAUAGAAAAUUAUACAGAAUUCGAGGUGAAGUGCAUCAGCUAGAUCUACUGGAUACCAGUGGCAAUCAUCCUUUUCCUGCUAUGAGAAGACUCUCCUUCCUCACUGGUGACUUAUUUGUACUCGUGUUUAGUAUGGACAGCCGCGAGUCUUUUGAAGAAGCCAUUAGAUUACGAGAGGCAAUAUUGGAAACUAAAAUAACUGCCACACAAAGUGUUAAAGGAAGGAGUAAAAGCCAUCAUAAUUUAAAAGUACCCAUGGUCAUGGCGGGAAAUAAAUGUGAUUAUGAUGUUAAGGUUGUAAGUGUAGAAGAAGCAGAGCAAUAUUGCGUGAGCCAAGAUGAAUGUUGUGUGUUUGUUGAAGUGUCAGCUAAGCGCAAUUAUCACGUUGACGAGCUUUUCUACCAACUUUUCGUUGUGGCCGGAUUGCCUCUAGAAAUGGCUCCAAAUCAUCACAGAAAAGUUCCAUUGACCUUUGGCUCACCCACAAUGUUGCCACCCUCUCAGCCAAAGCAUAAAGCAACACUCAGUAUAAAACGUCGAUUGAGUGACGCUUGCGGAGUUGUUGCACCAAAUGUACGACGUCCAAGUAUUAGAACAGAUUUGAUGAUAAUGAGGACCAAGACGUGUUCCCUUGCCGCCGGAAACGAGAAUAUCGCACCGGGUUCAAGAAUCACCCUUCGAUCUUCCGAACCAGGCAAAACCUGCACAAUUCAGUGAUAAUACAAUUCAGAUAAUGAUUAAUGUUAUUGACUAAAAUUAUAUAUAAAUAUAUUAAGGUGGUCGUUAAAAAAUUAAAUUUUCUCAGGCGCCCCAUAAAAAGCUUCUUUUGAGUGAAAAAAUACCUGGGGAAUUUGGUUUUUUCGUUUUAAGUAAAAAGAACACGUGCCUCAGGACGAUCAAAGUUCAUUUUUCGAUACGAUCGCGUUUUUUUUUAAAUAUCUCAUAAAAUAUGCAGAUUAAAGGCAAAAAUCAUAGGAACAAUUUUGUAGGAAAUUAAAUUCUUGACAAAAAAGGUCAUGUUCAUUUUUUUUAUACAACGUGUAUUUCUGAAGAUAUUUUUAAAAAACUUUUUUUAGAUUCAAUGAAUUGAGCGUUUUAAGGAUUACAAAUUUUGAAAAUAACAUUUUUCUAAGUACAUAGAAACUGUAACAAGCAUCAAUAAUUUAUAUGUUACGAGUUACGAAGUUGUCUAUAUUUAAAAAAAAUCGUUAUUUUUAACAUUUGUUAUCCUUAAAAUGCCCAAUUGAUAAGAUCUAAAAAAGUUUUUUUAAAAUAUCUUCAUAAAUACACAUUUUAUAAAAAAAAUGAACCUGACCUUUUUUGUCAAGAAUUUAAUUUCCUUCAAAAUUGUUCCUGCAAUUUUUUCCUUUAAUCUGCAUAUUUCAUGAGAUAUUUAACAAAAACCGCGAUUGUCUCGAAAAAUGAACUUAAAUCGUCACUCGGCACGUGUUUUUUUUACUUAAAAAGAAAAAACCAAAUUCCCCACGUAUUUUUUCACUAAAAAGAAGCUUUUUAUAGGGCGCCUGAGAAAAUUUAAUUUUUAACGACCAUCCUAAUAUACAUAAAUAUAUAAAUUAUAUAUAUAUAAAUAAUACAAUAAGCCUCACUCUGUUCCUAAGAUAAUUAAAAUAUAAAUUAAUGUAUUUAAAAUAAAUAAAUAAACGAACAAAGUGAGAAAAAUAAUAAAUUAAUGAUGAUCUUGCUCUAAGAUCAUUGGCAAAAAAUUUUCGGAUCUCUUUUUAUUACAUAUAUAUAUAGGUAUAUAUAUAUAAGAAAUAUAUAUUUAAUUAAUUAAUUAAAUAAUGUUAAAUUCAUAAUAAAAAUUAUAUCCAUAGUUACGUGUUGAGUGGUAAUUAAUACUGUAAUUAUCAUUCAGACUGCCUUAAUUAAUAAUGUAGAGGAAAAUUGUUAAAGAAAAAUGAUAAUUCUAUAAUACUAUUUCAUUAAAAUGUUCACAAUUAAUGGAUUACUAUAAUUAGUAUUAAUUUUAUCAAAUAACGACGAACCAAUUGAUAUUAUGAAAUGUAAAUAUAUAUUUAAUGGCAAUAGUAAGUAUUAUACAUGUAUGUAUAUAGAGAUAUGUACAUGUAUGACUAAAUAUUAUGAACCAAUGAACGACAUUCGACAAUUAAUAAUUAAAUACCAUUUGUCAUCUAUGCAAUUGUAAUUUUCGACAUUAUUAGUUAUUAUAUAUUACAUACACCUACAAUACUGUGCGUUACAUUUUAUUUUAUGGAAAUUUAUUAAUAAACUUGAGCAAUAAAUUAUGUUUUUUCCAUUACAAUGCCUACUGAUAUUUUUAUAAAUUUAUUAUAAUUAUUAAUCCUCCGGUAUUUUUUUAUUUUUUCUACUCUUUGAAAAUUAAUUUGUGAAUUUCACUGCGAAUCAGUGGAUAGUCACUAUUUCUACAGCUAUAAGUUAAGUAUACCACUAAUUCAACCAGUGGUAUAGAGGAAGGGGGGCAAAACGGGGUACCCCAAAAAUUUUAUUGUUUAAAUGUUUUUUAAACAUCCCAAAAUCACUUUUGUAAAUAUAAUUCACCAUUAUUUUGGUUUUUUGUUUUGUUAAACUUUUUCAAAAAUCGAUAUCUCUAAAUAUGAAUUAGUUAAAAUAAGUGAAUAUUCACUAAUUCCAAGUACAAACCGGACCACUAAUUUCAAAAAGUGGUUCGGUUGGCACUCAGAAUUAGUGAAUAUUCACUUAUUUCACUUAUUCAUGUUUAGAGAGAUUGUCAGUCGAAAAAUAUUAAUGACUUGUUUUAUGAUAAAAACUAUUAAAAAUUUUUUUUCAAUCUGUUGCAUUCAAUAAUUGUAUAGAAUGUAAUUUUUUUGUAUAUAAAUUACUUUAAAAAAAAAUUUAAUUUAAUCAAACUUAUUUAAUAUCCAGAAAUUUUUUUUUUCACCUUUUUUAGAGGGUACCCUUUGCCCACAAAAAUGAAAUUUUUUUUUUUAAUCUCAACUGAAAAUUUUUUCUAUUUACUUUAAAUAUCACUAAGAACAAAUAUUUAGCGUAAUUGGGUCAUCCAAAAUUUUGUAUUUCCUUAAAUACCCCAUUUUGCCCCUCCCUUCCCUACUUAUAGCUGAUUCCCAGAGAAUAUUCACUAAUUCGAAAUGAAUUUCACUGACUCAUUUUUAGAAACAAAUUACACUGUAAAAAAUUCACACCAAGUUGGCCGUGUAAAAUUUUUGAGGACUAUUUUCACACCAAAAAAUUUUUCUGUCUACGAAUUUUGUUUUUUUUCAUGUAAAUUGUAAAAAAAUUUUCACAAUGAAUUAAAUCCCUCAAAGUUAAAUUCACUUGAAAAGAAAAUUUAUUUUAAUGUUAAAACUUCGAACCAGAAUGAAUCCGCAUUAAAUUAAAAUCUUCAUGACUCCGAAAUCACUCCGUUGAAAAAAAAAUUCGUAUUCACUCCGGAUGCGGAGUGAAUUCGGAUUUGAAUAAAAUCCAUAUUCACUCUGACUUAACUCCCGACUUUUUGCAGUGCAUGUUAAAAGUAAUUAUUAUUAAUUAAAAUUAUAGUUACGAAAUGAAUAAUAGGUCAGAAUCUACCCUUGGAUAUAAAUAAACACACGGGUUCUUUUAAAUGAAUAAUUAAUACAGAUAUUAUAUUCCGUCGUGUUUAAAUUAGGCCAUCAUAUAAUUUUUCAUAAUCAUAAAUAAUAUUUUAAAAAAUAAUUUGAUUAACACGAGACAGGAUAAAAAAAGUUGUAAUUUAAAAUAAAAAAAAAAAACUAAAUUUGAUAUUGGAUAGAUUUUGUGACAAAUAAAUAAUUUAAGUAAUUAACUUACACGUGACUCGUUUCAGUUAUCAAUUACAGAGUGUAAUUAAGUGUAAGUGUAAUUAACCGAGUAACUAAAAUCUUGAAAUAUUUUAAGAAUCUCUAAUUUGAAGUUUGAAUUAUUAUUAUUAUCAAAAGUUUAAUUUGAGUUGGUUUAACUCGGGGAAAACUCAAUUGCCAGCGAGUGAGACGAGAGACUUAAGUUUAAGUGUACAGAGUAGCAGGUGCAUUGUAAACUAAUCAUUCAAGAAUGUGUCACUUAUUUUAUAUCUAGUGAUACAUCUGAACCUAUCACUUUCAUCUAACUUUUAAAAAAAAAAUUUUAACAAAUAGCCGACAAACUUUUAUUCUAUUUUAAAAUGUAUAAUAGAUAAUUUACAAGAGGAUAUUAAAACUAGAGUACGAGCAUUCACUAAUUUGAAUGAUGAAUGAGUAAAGUUUUAAGGAGAACAAAGUGGGUCAAAAGUUAACAACAAAGUUUUGACUUAAGA